AUGGCUUCCUGCGGUGUUCAGAACCGCAGGAUGUUGAAGCGUUUAAUGCGUGUCGGCAAGCAGAAGAUCGCCCAUCUCGAGCGGCACAGCCCAGGCAAGUUGCUUGACCGCCAUUUGUUGCUUAAGGCACUCAGCACCUGGCGGGCUAUGCGUGACCGUUCGCUGCCACAGAACUCGUGGUGUAUAGUCGAUCCACCUACGUCUGAUAGCUUUUCUUGGGAUGAGGAUUGUUCCUUCGACAGCGUCUCUAGUCUCUCAGAAUACCACUUGCUGACACCUCUGAUACUUGCUUAG